UACAGAUACGGAGGGGUCGCAGCCGCUAAAACAAACAGCGGCGUGUCUCUGUGAAUCUAACAGCGCGGCGGACACACGGGCUCUUCUCUCUGUUGCUCGGUAAUUGUUUAACUCAAAGAUGAAUUUUGAGCAGCCCCCUCCAUACCCGGGCAGCGGCCCCACUGCUCCAGGCUACCCAGGCCAGGGCCCCCCACCUCCACAAGGCUACCCACCUCAGGGUUAUCCUCCACAGGGAUACCCUCCACAGGGAUACCCUGUAAACAUGGAGCAGCCUAAUCCAGCAUACCCAAACUACCAGCCCGGACCAAUGCCCCCAGGAGGUCCUUAUCCUGGUCAAGGGUACGCUGGACAACCACAGUUUGGCUGGCAGGGGGGUCCCCCUCCUGGUCCUAUGUAUGGUGAAGCUCCCAAAAACACAGUGUAUGUGGUGGAGGACAGGAGAAGAGACGACUCAGGGGACACGUGCCUGACAGCCUGCUGGACAGCUCUGUGUUGCUGCUGUCUCUGGGACAUGCUGACAUAACGCUACUCACCAGCUGCUCACUCCCACCACCCACCAGUCCCAUGUCUGUGCCUUUUACCCCCGUCACCCUCUCGCUCUCUCCCCUUUGCCUUACACCUCGCUCUCCCUUAAAAAAAACGACCCGUUUCCUCUACGUGUCUUUUGCUUGUCUGUAAUUAAAAGCUGAUCCCGUGUGGAAGUCCUCCCUCUCUACCUUGAUGUGCAACCCUCCGCACUGACUGAAUGACUGAUCCUGUUUAGGGGCUACUCUGUUGUAGCAGCUUGUAACUGAGCGUCAAAACCUAACCUGAAUCUCAGGGUCUUUGCACACGCACACGCACACGCACACACACACACACACACACAUUCAUAUGCUUCCAUCUUCGUGAGGACACUAGUUGUCAUAAUGCAUUCCUCAAGCUACAUCCACACUAAUAUGUUUUUGUCAUCAACUCUUUCUGGCGUUCACACUACUCCUGAGUUCAGAGCUGUUGGGAAAUGUUACUGGUCACCAUACAAUUUGACAGCUCCAGGUUUGCGUCUAGACGGGCAGAAACUGAGAUGUUUGGAAACGAUGACCUAGACACUCACAACAGCAGGCUCUAUUCACUGGCUGAUUUGCCGGGCUCCUAUAUGACCGUGCUGACUCUGUUUUCUUAGCUAAUAGCUGGUGUGCAGUUGAAUUUUGCAUUUUGCAAUGACACAACUGGACAUAAGUUAUUAUCUUAGCAAUAUGUCAAGUGCAUGCUUAACUGUUUACACCGGCAUUCACAUGCACAGUGUAGGUGAGUGUUCAUGUGAAGUGUGUUUUCAGGCAUGUUAAUACGGAUGGGGAUUCAAACUGAUUCGGAGCCAAACUUCUUGCGUGGACCGAGAUUGUUUGAGUUUGAAAACACAAACGAAAAUGAAAAUGUAGUAGUAUGAAUGUAACCUUAACCAUCACAACUCCUGGUCCAUUGCAAGGCCUGUACCGAACCUAAACAUCAUUCUAACUCUAACCCCCCAAAGGUGUGAAAAUUGAGAACCAGACAAAACGUCCUCUUUCUGUAAAGUCUAUGCUUAAAAUGGUCCUCACAAAGAUGUACAAGUACAAGUCCACACACGCCACACACCCAGUACACUUGUACCUCAGGCUCAUCUUGUGUGAUGCUCUUUGGCACUUUAUGACGAUUACCUAUGUAAGAUACUACUCCUGCCUCCCUCUCUCUACCUCCCUCUACAUCCCCCUCCCCUCCUCCAGCCAUGCUACUUGCCCUGCCCCACCCCUCAUCCUGGACCCCCUGCACCCACCCCAUAUGACCCAAAGGCCACUAAGACCCUGGCUGUUAAUGAGCCACAGGGUGCUGUUAAAGAAGCUCAUGCUUGAAACGUAUCCCUUUUAUUUGCACACAAGCUCUGUUUUUUUUUGCUGAUGUAUGUCUUCAGAUGGAAUCAUGCAAUAGGUACAUGGAAUACAUUUUUAAUGACAGUGAUUUAUGUAUGAUUAUGGUUCAAAUCCAGUGCCCCCAAUGUUUUUUUUUCAUGAUGAUAUUGAUAUGAAAGAAAUUAUUGCAAUAUUAUUUGUAUAACAUACCUUGGCGAUAAAACAAAACAUGAAAAAAUUAAGUUGUGAUUCCUCAACAGAAGAAAUCAACUAACUUGUUCGAUGCCUUUUUUGCUUUUAAAUGAGAAUCUUGCAUUAAAACUUACUCCCAUGAAA